AAUGUUAAAAAAUACACCCUCAAAAGUAACUCUAAAUUAUCAAGAGACUUAAGAAGAAACAGAUCCUGAAGGAUAUACUCUUAUUUAUGAAUAAGAAAUAGUAUGUUAGAUCGUAGUAGAUGAUGGAGAAUAAUAACAAACACAAGAAACUCUGAAUGUUAGAGUAUUGAUAUUAGGAAGUGAACAAACACUUGAGAAAAUGAAAAUUGAAUUAAGUUGCGAAAAUGAUCUAUUCUUUCAUUUUAUUCACGAGUAGAGUUAAUGAAUAAUAAUUAGAGUAAAUGAAGAAACAUUUCAACAGAUUAAAGAAGGUUAACAAUUAACAGCCUAAUUUAUUGAUUAUCCUGCUAUCUGUGUAAAGUGUCUCGACAAAGCUCACAAAGACCCUAAUAAGUACAGCGCUGUUUUAAGAAUUACUUAAGAAGGGGAUGCAGUUAUUGAAAUUAUACAACACACCGAAUACAAAAAUGUCGAAUUGAUCCAAUUCUAAUUUGUCUCUUUGCCUGAAGAAUCUAUUCGCAUGGCCAUCACCAAAAAAUAUUAAAAAGUCAAAUAAAAGCUUUAAUAGAUGGAAAACAAAUUAAAGGAUGUAUAGAUUUUAUUUUGAAUAUCAUUUAGAUUAAUGAUGUUGUUAAAGUCAAAAAUCCUUAACUGUUAUUACAAAUGCAAAGAAUGAACAGAUGA